AUGUUUCCAAUUGUAGACCCUCUUUAUUACUGGCAGCAGACUGAAGAUGAUGUGACAAUAACAGUUCACAUUCCUCAAGAUAUCACUAAGGAUGACAUAAAAGUACGCUUUUCCCCUGAUAACAUCUGUGUUACACUGAAAGACCAGCCUCCUUUGAUAGAAGGAAAACUCUCUUCAUCUGUGGACCAUGAAAGCUGUACAUGGAUAAUUAGAGAGAACAAAAGUUUGGAAAUUUCUCUAAUUAAGAAAAAUGAAGGAUGCCAGUGGCCAGAGCUAAUAGUUGGUGACACAAGAGGAGAAUUCAUUAUGGACUCUUCCCAGUGCUCUGACAUAGCUGAAAGCCUGAUGCAUCUUACCUCUGAAGUAAUGAAUCCCAGCCCUGAAAAGGAAAACCCACCUUGUAAUGCUCAAGAAUUAGAAGAAUGUGAUGCUUUUCUUGAAGAUAGUGCAAGCUUGUGCAGAUUUGAUGGUGAUACCCUGAAAGUCACUCAUGUAAUUAAUCUUGGAAGCAACCAGUAUCUUUUCUCAGUUGUUGUGGAUCCCAGAGAAAUGCCAUGCUUCUGCCUGAGGCAUGAUGUUGAUGCUCUUCUCUGGCAACCCCACUCUGACCAACCAGAAAACAUGUGGGAACACAUUGCAACUUUUAAUGCUUUAGGCUAUGUCCAAGCAUCAAAGCAAGACAAGAAGUUCAUGGCUUGUGCUCCAGAUUACUCCUACGCUGCUCUUUGUGAGUGCUUACGACGAGUUUUCAUCUAUCGUCAGCCAACUCCUCUGUCCACAGUUCUCUACAACAGGAAGGAAGGAAGACAAGUAGGACAGGUUGCUAAGCAGCUAGUAGCAACCCUGGAAGCGAAUGAUCCUAUCUUAGGUUUUCAGGCUACAAGUGAGAGAUUAUUUGUUCUCACAACAAAAACCUUGUUUUUAAUAAAGGUGAACUCUGGAAAUUAAUUAUUCAGUGUAUUCUGCUGUAGUUUAUGUUAACAGUUGUUAAAGAACUGGCUAGGUAAAUGAUCUGGGACAUUCAGUACAAUUUGCUGAAGUUUAAAAAGGAGAUAUUUUACAGGGGAAU